CCCAAUCUACCUGACUUCCGGUUCCGGGUUCUUCUUGCUCCACCUAUAGAGCAGAGGGAGCAAAGAUGGCGGCGGCCGAGUCCGACUCAGAUCAUCCGUCCGCUCUCAGCUCACAGUUCCUGGACUUCUCCCCCCAAGACACCGCGACGCGGUGGCUGGCGGCGGCCGACCUGCAGCAGGAAGUGUACCACCACCUGGCGGCGUAUGUACCCAGAAUCCUUUGCCUGGGUCCAGGCGUGGGUAGUAGCAUCAGGGAGGAGCAGAGGGAGGAGCAGAGGGAGGAGCUGGCCUGUCAGCUGCUCCUCUUGGCCCCACUGGAGUGGCUCCUUCUUGGGGAGGAGCCAGCGUCUGGCCUGGCCCUCCUCCAGGAGAACAACCGUCCAUCUGCGCUGUGUGGCCACGUCUUCAAGGUGGGAGAGCCCACCUACUCCUGCAGGGAGUGUGCUGCAGACCCGACAUGUGUCCUGUGUAUGAAGUGUUUCCUGGACAGCGUCCACAAGGAGCACCGCUACCGGAUGACGACUUCAGGAGGAGGAGGUUUCUGUGACUGUGGAGAUGCUGAAGCUUGGAAGAAAAGUCCUUCCUGUCAGAAACACACAGCAGCACAGAGACAAUCUGAGGAGGACCCUGUUGCCCAGCUACCAGCUGACCUGGUUGCCCGUGGUUACAGCAUCUUCUCCAUCCUCCUGAAAUAUGCCGUGGACCUGCUGACCUGGGACCAGGAGGACAAGCUGCCCCCAGGACUGGAGCCCCCGGACAAAGGAGACACCUACUACUGCAUGCUGUUCAAUGACGAGGUCCACACGUACGAGCAGGUCAUCUACACACUGCGCAACGCUGUCCACUGCAGCCAGAAGGAGGCAGUGAGCUUCGCCACCACCGUGGACCGAGACGGCAGGAAGUCAGUGCGUUAUGGGGACCUCCAGUUCUGUGAACAGGCCAAGUCUGUCAUUGUGAGUAACACCGGCCGCCACUCGAAGCCUCUCAGGGUCCAGGUGAUGCACUCGUCUGUCGUGGCCCACCAGUGUUUUGCUCUGAAGGCUUUGAGCUGGAUGGGUCAGAUCAUCCAGUACUCUGACGGGCUCAGGAGGAUCCUGUGUCAGGUGGGUCUGCAGAAAGGUCCAGAAGGAGAGAACUCGUCUCUGGUCGACCGACUCAUGCUGAACGACUCCAAGAUGUGGAAAGGAGCGAGGAACAUCUACCACCAGCUGCUCAUGAACAGUCUCCUCAUGGACCUCAAGUAUAAGAAGGUCUUUGCCAUUCAGUUCGCCAAGAACUACAGACGUCUCCAGACCGAUUUCCUGGAGGACGACCAUGAGCGGGUGGUCUCAGUGACGUCUCUGUCAGUCCAGCUCUUCACUGUCCCCUCCAUGGCCCGGAUGCUGAUGGUGGAGGAGAACCUGAUGACCACCAUCAUCAGGACCUUUGUAGACCAUCUGCGUCACAGAGACCUUCAGGGACGGUUCCAGUUCGACCGCUACACGUCUCAGCAGGCCUUCAAGUUCGGACGGGUCCAGAGCCUCAUCGGAGACCUCAAGUACGUCCUCAUCUGUCCUCCUUCUGAUUGGACUGAUCAGCUCAGAGUGAAGUUCAUUGAAGGUUUCGACGCUUUUCUGGAGCUGCUCAAGUGUAUGCAGGGAAUGGACCCAGUUGUGAGACAGGUGGGGCAGCACAUCGAGAUGGAGCCUGAGUGGGAGGCAGCGUUCACUCUGCAGAUGAAACUGACUCACAUCAUCUCCAUGAUCCAGGAGUGGUGCUGCACAGACGAGCGUGUGCUAAUUGAGGCCUACAGGAAGUGUCUGAGCGCGCUCAGUCAUUGCCACGGUGGCCUUCCUGAUGGAGAGCAGCCUAUCAGCUUGAGUCUGGCCGGACACCGUGUGGACACCUUCAGGUACCAGGUGUCUCAGGACAAGGUGUCCAUUCACCUGCCCGUCUGCCGGCUGCUGGCAGGCCUCCACGUUCUCCUCAGCAGGACCGAGGUGGCGUCUCGUUUUCCUGAGCAGCUUCCUCUGGGUGAACUCAGCCCCCCCCUUCUGAUAGAACUCCCCCUUCGAUGUCUAGUGCUCUGUGCCCAGGUGCAUGCUGGGAUGUGGAGGAGAAACGGCUUCUCACUGAUCAAUCAGAUUUAUUAUUAUCACAACGUCAAAUGCAGAGUGGAGAUGUUCGACAAAGACAUCAUCAUGCUACAGGCAGGGGCGGCCAUGAUGGAUCCAAACCACUUCCUGAUGAUUGUGCUGAGUCGCUUUGAGCUUUUUCACAUCUUCAGCUCCACAGACGUCAGGAAGAGAUUCAGAGAAGCCAACAAGGACCUGGUCCAACAGAACACGCUGAUAGAGGAGAUGCUUCAUCUCAUCAUCAUGAUCACUGGUGAGUCCAUCUAACGAGUCCAUGUUCUCCAGGGUUCUAACCGUGUCUCUAAGGAAAUGGUCCACAGCUGGUCAAUCAGACCCAUGGCUUCCAGUGUACUCUGUCUGUCCCUACCUGUCUCUGGAAACAAGGAGACAGGUCUGGAGAGAGUCAUCGACAGCGUCGCUUCAUUCAAGAAACCAGGUGUGACGGGUCGAGGUCUUUAUGAGCUACGACCUGAGUGGAGCAAACACUUCAACCUGUACUUUCACCACUACAGCCGGGCCGACCAGUCCAAGGCUGAAGAAGCUCAGAGGAAACUGAGGAGACAGAAUGGGGAGGACACAGGGGUAGCAAUGCCCCCCCCUGUACCCCCCCCUCUCUGUCCUCUGUUUGCCAGCCUGGUGAAUCUGCUGCAGUGUGACGUCCUCCUGGCUGUAGAGGGCGCUGUCCUCCAGUGGGCUGUGGAGCCCAGUGGGGGGGGCUGGACUGAGUCCAUGCUGCAGAGGGUGCUCCACCUGGUGGCCAUGGGUCUCCUGGAGGAGCAGCACCAGCUGGAAACCAGCGACGGAGACCAAGACGUCACCUUCACCUACACCUGCAAGAUCUCACGUCCAGGGGAGGCUCCCAGUACUUCAGGAAGUGUCCUGGCUUUGUUGGAGAGUCUGCAGAAUGCUCCUCACCUGGAGGUCCACAAAGACAUGAUCACCUGGAUCCUGAAGAUGGUGUCAAACAUUAAAACAAUGAGAGAGCGAACAUUGUCCUCGUCCUCCGUCUCCAUCAACCAGGGACGUGGCCUAGAGGAGACGGUCAGAGACAAAGACAAGGCGGAGAGGAAGAGGAAGGCUGAGAUGGCUCGGCUCCGCAGGGAGAAGAUCAUGGCUCAGAUGUCUGAGAUGCAGAAACAUUUUAUCAAUGAGAACAAAGAACUAUUCCAGCAAAGUCUGGAGGAGCUGGAGGCCUCGACGUCUGCAGCUGCAGAGCACAGUCCUCCCACUCCAGAGCUCACCUGUGCGUCCCAGGUGUGUGUUGGUCCCAGGAGGUUGGGGCCGGCUGAGCGCCGCCAUCUGGUCACAUGUAUCCUGUGUCAAGAAGAGCAGGAGGUCAGAGGUCACGGCAGAGCCAUGGUUCUGGCAGCAUUUGUCCAGCGCUCCACCGUUUUGUCGAAGAACCGUUGGCGCAGCCUGCCUGACCCAGAGCAUCAUGACCCCCUAUUCAUGCACCCUGACCUUUCUCUGGGGAUCCACACUGCCAGCUGUGGACACAUAAUGCAUGCCACCUGCUGGCAGAGGUACUUUGAGGCGGUGCAGCUGAAGGAGCAGCGACGUCAACAGCGUCUCAGAGGUCACACCAGCUACGACGUGGAGAACGGAGAGUUCCUGUGUCCUCUCUGCGAAUGUCUGAGCAACACUGUGAUCCCCCUCCUCCCACACUCACACCCACCUGACCACAGUGUCACUCAUCCCAGUCUGGAGGCGUGGCUGAAGACAACCAGUCAGCAGAUAGCAGCAUUGUACUCCGCCCACAGGAAGCAGUCUGAAGGUACAACAGAGUGGGCAGAGCCUGUUGGUCCUGAAGGAUUCAGAGUCAGUUUCACUCCCCAGAACCCGUUCUCCAGCAGCAUCAGUGAAAUGAUCAACACUUUCAGCAUGUUGACCUACAAGGUGGGACUGAAGCUGAACCCUAACGAGCAGGACCCCAGAGUCCCGGUGCUGAGCUGGUCCACCUGCGCCUACACCAUCCAGAGCAUAGAGCGCCUCCUGAUGGACGAGGAGAAGCCAUUGUUUGGAAGUUUAACGUGUCGACAGGAUGACUGCCUUAGUUCUCUGACCAGGUUCAGUUCAGCCUGUUGGACGGCAGCUCCACUAAAAUCUGUUCACACUCACUUCAUCAGACUGUUUACAGCUCUGGUUCCAGACUCUCAGAUUGAAAACACUCCUUGUAUCCUCGACUGUGACAUGUUUCAUCUGCUGGUUUACUGCGUGUUGUCCUACAGCUCAGUCCACAGUCUGGACCAAUCAGGGCGGAGCGUGGUGGACUCAGGCCACCUCCACCUCCUUCACCUGGUCACUGUAGCUCACCUGGUCCAGAUCCUACUCACCUCCACCACAGAGGAGGUUUGCAUGGAUCAAGGACCAGGAGGAUCUGAGGAGGAGGAGCUAACUGUCCAACUGUACAACACAUUGAGGAAACACCUGGGCAGUGUGUUACCUGAAGUGUCCUCUGGAUGGCAGCUGUUGCGUUGUCUCAAAGUCGGCGUCCUUCCCUUCCUUCGAUCCGCUGCCCUGUUCUUCCACAACCUGAACUCCACGGCGCCCCCAUCUGAUCUACUGAUUACAGGUCCUGGCCAGUGGGAAGCGCUGUGUAGCUACCUCAGUCUGCCCUCCAACCUGCUGCUGCUUUGCCAACACACACUGCUGGAGGCACACAUACACAGGUGGUGCAGUCAUCCAGGUGUGAGACAGACCCUCCAAGGGGGCGGAGUCAUCGUGAGAUUUCCCAGAGAAUCAAAUCGACUGAUCGAACUUCCAGAGGAUUAUAGCGCCUUGAUCAACCAGGCCUCCAGCUUCACGUGUCCUCGGUCGGUGGGGGAUAAAUCUCGAGCUCCCACUCUGUGCCUGGUGUGUGGAUCCAUGUUGUGUUCUCAGAGCUACUGCUGCCAGACGGAGGUGGAUGGAGACGAUGUGGGCGCCUGCACCGCCCACGCUCUGAGCUGUGGAGCCGGCCUGGGCCUCUUCCUCAGGGUCAGAGAGAGUCAGGUGUUGUUUGUUGCAGGUAAAACUAAAGGCUGUUUCUACCCUCCACCGUAUCUGGACGACUAUGGAGAGACCGACCAGGGUCUCAAGCGGGGGAACCCCCUCCACUUGUGUUCGGAGCGCUACAGGAAGAUCGAGCGCUUGUGGCGGCAGCAUGGCAUUGCUGAGGUCAUAGGUCACGCCCAGGAGGCCAAUCAGACACUCGUCGCCAUCGACUGGCAGCACCUGUGAUGUCGACUAGGCUCCGCCCCCUGCGCUUAGAGAGACGGCCAUCAAUAGUUUCUCAGCCUUAGCCCCGCCCCUCUUCAUAACAAACCCUUGAACCAAUCAGCUUUCAGGGACUUUUUCAGGCUUUUCCACCAAUCACGAGGAACGGAUGAAAAGUUGUUUUGGUCUCUGAGUCUGGACAGGUGUGUCAGACCUCAGGUUGAAGACAGACGUUGAUCCCAUAAUGCAUGUCUCAGUCCUGCUACAUGUUAGCUUAGCAUAGCUGUGUUGCUGGCAGGUGUCUGAAGAAGAGUAAUGGGAUUACUUUUUUCCAUCCAUGAGCCAGUCAGCCGAUGGGAACCAACUAUUAAUCAGUGUGAUUGAUGACACCUCAUCACUACAGGUCACUGCUAACAUGCUAACACGCUAACAGUUAGUCAGUAGGUCACAUGACCUCUAAGCCGGGGAACUUUGUUCUAACUUUUUAUUUAAAGCUGUGAUUGGUCGAGUGCUGUGUGAUGUGACUUCCUGUUAGAGCUCAUCUCAUUAACUUUAUUUAAAUGUUUAUUUCAACAAGUGCAAAUUGCCCAGUUUGUGUAGAUUUUUUAUCAGCUGGUUGUCACGUUGCCAUGACGACGCUUCAUUUAUCACAUGACCUGUUAAUAUGUGAAUUCUUGUAUAAAUGAGUACAUGUACGAUAUUGUAUAAGAAUAAGAAAACCAAUAAAGGCUUUGGAAGGACA